AUGAGUUACUGCACCACCAUGCAGCGCUCGGUGACAUCAUACGCCACACUUCUCCGAUGGGUGAAGCCCUCGGCCGCCCAGCGUUGCUCCCACUCGCUGCGCUGCUUCUCUUCCUAUGGGAACGCUCAUAUGUCUUCCAAGCGUGAUAUGCAAACGGCGACCGCAUACCGCCCGCACACACUCCCUUCGUCUUUCCCGAUGCCGCGCAGCAGCGGUGGACCCGACACCUCGAUCUCAGCCGAUUUCCCCCUCCCCUCGGAAACAUCCAAGACACCCUCGCAAUCAGAGUCCUCAACCAUCUCCCUGCGAGAAGGCGAGGCACAGAAGCCCAAGCCGGCCUCGACAACUUCGACCGCCACCCCCAAGACUUCCGCGAAGCCGCGUCGGCCAUUGCGGGCAAGGAAGGCAGCGAUGAAAUUGACGCCGCUGGCUACGGAGCAGCUUCGCAAGCUGAUGGCGCAGCCCGAGCCGAAGUUUAUUCGGGUCGGAGUGAAGAAUCGUGGCUGCUCGGGUCUGGCCUACCACCUCGAGUACGUGGAGAAGCCGGGCAAGUUCGAUGAGAUUGUGGAGCAGGACGGUGUGAAGGUUUUGAUCGACAGUAAGGCUCUGUUCAGCAUCAUCGGCAGUGAAAUGGACUGGCACGAGGAUCCGCUGAGUAGGCGAUUUGUUUUCCGCAACCCCAAUAUCAAGGAAGAAUGCGGUUGCGGUGAAUCUUUUAUGGUCUAA